CCAACACGCAAGUACCUGGGGUUGGGGUGUGGCAGUACACCCUUUGGAAAUGCAGCAAUAAGAAGGGUUAUUUUAGUGACAGCACUAUUAAGUGUUUAUGACACUUUAAGUUAACUUACUGGUGGACUUCUGAGCAAUAUUUACGGUUGUCAUUGCAAAAGCUCGUCUCCGACCUUACCGCGAAGCAAGCAGUGAAGGCAUUCAGGAAACAGUGUCCGAUGUCGCAAGAGAGGGACUGCUGUUAGUGUGUUUGUUUUUGGCGAUUAUUUCCCCUUGGAAUAAGUCUACGAUGGGCUGCUGUGGCCCAGAAGAUGACGAUACAUUCGUCAGCCCGAUUGUGAAGUAUUUGAUGUUCUUUUUCAACUUCUUUUUCUGGCUCGUUGGUGGAGGUUUGAUUGGCAUAGGAGUGUGGGCAUACAUUGAGAAGGAACGCCUUGGUCAGAGUGGAUCUGCAGAAAUAGAGAGCAUAUAUGACUUAAUAUUUGAUGUGACAAUCAUUGUAAUUAUACUGGGAAUUAUCAUCUUCAUUCUGGCAUUCUUGGGCUGCUUAGGAUCUCUCAGGGAAAAUGUUACACUUCUAAAGAUAUUCUUCAUCCUUCUUAUCAUCCUGUUUGUGUUGGAAGUGACUGGUGCUGUCCUGGCAUUUGUAUUCUCAAGGGACGUCAAGUCUAAGCUUACAUCAGUAUUAAAAGAUGAGGCUGUAAUUCGGUACAGAGACGACCUUGACCUGCAGAAUAUUAUUGACUGGAUUCAAAAGAAUUUUCAGUGCUGUGGGGUUGGUGCAGAGAGUUAUAAAGUAUGGAAUCUAAAUCCAUAUUUCAACUGCACAGACUCCAACCCAAGUCCAGAGGCCUGCGGGGUCCCUUAUUCAUGUUGUGUCAAACCCACAGAUAUUGAUAAAGACUUGAUCAACACAAUGUGUGGAUAUGGUGUGAUGAAACCAGAUGGCGGAACCAGUGGUGUAUCCGGAAAAAUCUUUGAAAUUGGUUGCAUAGAUGCAUUUUUGGCCAUAGCAGAAGACAACCUGUACAUCAUAGGAGGAGUGGUGGUGGGGAUAGCAGUGGUACAGAUCCUGGCCAUUUUCUUCGCCAGAAUUUUGGCAGGACAGGUUCAAGAUCAGCUGUCUAGAUGGAGAUAAUGAGCUGUGGUUAAGCUCCUGGCUGUGUUUUUGGCCAGAAUCUUGUCAGGCCAAAUCGAGGAUACAAGAAAUAUUAUAUAAUGGAUACGAGCAGUCUAGUCAGUGAUAUCAAGGUUGUGGUCAAUGCAUGAUGUAAUGCAGCUGCGUAACAAAUAGUAGCACCAUUACUAUCAGGCAAAACAGGGGGGGAUUUAGUUCUAUUUAGUCAACUUACAAGGGACCAAAAGACUUUGCCAAUGUUUUAUUAUAUUGAAAUGUUCAAGUACAGUGUAAUCAAUGUAUGUAAUACAUCAGAAGAGUUAUAUAGAGCCCAGGCUAUAAUGGGUUUAUUAAUUUCUUUAAGCAUUUCAAUUAGAAAGCAGUAUACUGGUAUGGAUAAAAGAUAUUUCCUUUUUAAGACGACCGUAUUAGUGGGCCUGAGAGUGUUGGCAGUGACUUUCUUAGUCCUCUCAAAUGCUAGUAAAGAUACAAAACUAAGUUUCACAAAUUUUGCAUUAAUUUGGAGAUUAUUUUUGUAAAAUAAUUAUCACAUGUGAUAUGUCAUAAUCAUUCAUUUGUCUGAAAAAGGAAUGUGUAAAUAACAGGAACUGCUUCAAAUUUACAUUGGGAUAACAUUUUUUCCUUGAGAAAAUCCCAAAUGGCAGUGAAUUUCUAUUUGCAAGUGGAGGUCUGCUGAAAAUGAGUAUAUGCUGUUAAAAGACUGACAAAUUUUGUUUCUUUAAAUUCUUUUUUCUUAACAAAUUGUUAAAUUGUGUUAUAUCUAUCAGUAACGAGUAUGAUAAUCUGCUUCCCAUGUACAAAAUGUGUAUCUUUUUACUGUACAUUUUUAAAAUAAGACAUUUAUGUUUUAUAGCAACUGUUUUUCAUGAAGGGGUUUGGAUAGUCAGAGGUGUACAGAAAAUAGCAUUCAUAAUGUAAAGUGUAUGACUUUAUUUUGGAUAGAAAAUUGGGUAAGGAAAAAUGUUUUGUUUUACAUUGUCUGAUACUUUUUCCUUGAAAGAUUUUAAGGAAUUGAGUUGUUUGAAUAUUUGGUAAAACUUAAUCAAGAAUGGCAGGUAGAGAAUUUCUUUUCAAAACAUGAACAUUAGUUGCGUUUUUUGUGUCAUUAAAUGUAAUUUCGACUGCACUAGCAAAUAGAUCAAGAUUUAAAAUUUAAUUCAGUGUUUUAUACUUUUUUUUGUAAGAUAUAGUAAUAUACAGUUGUAACUCUACAUUUUAUUUAAUACUCAUAUUCAGAUCCUAUCUACAAAGAGAUAAAUACAUGUAUUUAAAGUGAAGACAAUAUUAAUUUUUGUCAUAAAUUUACUUUACAUUCUUAAUGAGGGUAUUUCUACAACUAGAGAAUAUUUCUAUUGUGUAUAUUCUUUGACAAUAGCCCUUAUUACUUUGAGCACUGUAUGUUCAGUCACAUCCAUAUCAAAAGGGAUACAUAUGAUUAUCACCAGAGUACAGCUGUGAAUAUGAUAAGCAAUAGUAAGAAUGUAAAAUAAUGAGGUUCAUUUACUCCUUCUUCAGUUUGGAUAAAAAGCAAUCUUGAUAGUGUCAAGUA